CUCUCACCCAAUAGUGGAAUCUGAAAACCACAGGCGUCGAGACUUGCCACGAUCAUCGAGGAUAGCCGUGACGUGAUUCGACACUCGGUCGGGAUAAAGGGAACCUUGCUUUUUAUUUUUCUCUAAACAAGCUUGUACGUGACGAUGUUCCUAGUACACCGACCACUCGGCCUCGGAUUGUUCACAAUAACGUUGAUAGCCGUUGUAGUGAGAGCAGACGACAAUGGCUAUGGCGGCGACUCUGGUGCUGAUUCAUUAGGAUACUUUCAUGGAGUAGAUUCAAAACAGAGUCUUAAUGACGUUAGUAACAAGAGGGGAAUGGACUCUUAUAUGUUUUCCAAUGAUCAGGAAAAACAGAAGAUCGAUCCAGUGAUGUUUGGAGCAAGGCUAGGGAAGAGGGGUAUGGACCAGUUCAGAUAUAUUUCCCAGCUAGGGAAGCGGGCCAUGGACCAGUACGGAUUUAUGGGACAACUUGGUAAACGGGCCAUAGACCAGUACGGAUUUAUGGGCCAGCUUGGGAAACGGUUCGGAUAUGCUUACAAGCGUGCUAUGGAUCAUUACGGGUUUGCCCCGGUUCUUGGCAAGAGGGGCCUGGACCAGUUCGCGUACUUGUCGCAGCUCGGGAAAAGAGGGCUCGACCAUUACGGUUUCGGAGCUCGUCUUGGAAAGAGGUCAAUCGAUUCGUUCGGAUACGCGGCUCAGUUGGGCAAGCGAGGAUUAGAUCAUUACGGAUUUGCCGGACAAUUAGGCAAAAAGUCUGCAGAUAAAUUCGGAUUUGCUGCUCAGCUGGGCAAAAAAUCAGCGGACCACUUCGGAUUUGCCCCUCAACUUGGCAAAAAAUCGGCUGAUCAUUUCGGAUUUGCCCCACAACUUGGCAAAAAAUCAGCGGACCAUUUUGGAUUCGCCCCUCAACUUGGCAAAAAAUCUGCAGAUUCGUUCGGAUUCGCACCACAACUUGGCAAGAAAUCUGCGGAUCAUUUCGGAUUUGCCCCUCAACUUGGCAAAAAAUCUGCGGAUUCGUUCGGAUUUGCCCCUCAACUUGGCAAAAAAUCUGCGGAUUCGUUCGGAUUUGCCCCACAACUUGGCAAGAAAUCCGCGGACCACUUCGGAUUUGCCCCACAACUUGGCAAAAAAUCCGCGGACCAUUUCGGAUUUGCCCCACAACUUGGCAAAAAAUCUGCAGAUACGUUCGGAUUCGCCCCUCAACUUGGCAAAAAAUCUGCGGAUCACUUCGGAUUUGCACCACAAUUAGGGAAAAAGUCCGCUGAUCAUUUUGGAUUUGCACCACAACUCGGCAAAAAAUCUGCAGAUACGUUCGGAUUCGCCCCACAGCUAGGAAAAAAGUCUGGUGACAAAUUUGGAUUUGCCCCACAGCUUGGCAAAAAAUCAGCGGAUAAAUUUGGAUUUGGCGCGCAGCUGGGUAAAAAGUCUACAGAUAUGUAUGGGUUCGCUCCACAACUGGGCAAAAGAGGAUUGGACAACUUCGGCUAUGCAGCCCAGCUAGGGAAGAGGUCUGUCAACUGACGCAGAUAUGAAUCAACCUGGAUGACAUGAGCUCAGAACUCAGUUCGUCCGUGCUGUUACGCUUAGUCUAUCGACAGUACAGAACACAGUGGCAACUUUGUCAAUCACAACCUCUACAUUGGCGGGCCUCGAACCUGCAGCAUCAGUCAUCAUCGUAAUACACAGCCGGCGACCUGGACAUUUCUACUACGUAAAGUAGUGGUGAUAUCAUCGCUCCCUGUAGUACACCAUCCAUACAUUAUUUCAAAACAUUGACAGAAUUUCUCUCAACGCUGAGUGAAUAUUACUCUGGUUGCUCGUCUUUGACUGUCUUUAAAACAUAAUGUUUUUAAACAUUCGUGUUUCCUUGUUUGUUUUAUAUUUUAGUAUGAAAUGAAAAUCUGAGACGCUAUUUUCUGAUAUAUUUGAUGGGUUAUUUAUCUGGAUUAAAGAUCCCUGUAAAAAUAUAACGACGAAACAGUUAUCUUGGUCAAGGCCGUAUUUCUACACAGUACAGAGUCGAAGGAAAGUUAAGAGAUUAUGGCAAGCCAUGGCUCAAAAGGUAUUUAAACAAAAUUGUGAAAUAAAUGAAAAAGCAAUGUUAAAAAACGCAAUAUCAACAAGAAAGGAGUCAAUUUUUGUUAUAAACCAGUCUAUCCUUUGUGUUUUAUCACUUCAUGUGUGUACUUGUUUGAAAGCCAAUAGCCGAUGAAUUCUUUGAUUAAUCCUAUGUAUUUUUUUUUUAAUUCGUGUCAUCCUGCUAAAACUGCCUUAUUUCUUGUCUCACGCUCUGCGGUCUGGAUUUAACUCAAUAACAGAGAGCUCCAAUGAGGUGCGAUGGGUCUAAGGAUCGACCCCCUUCGGCGAACCCAUUUUUGGAUUUUUCCCAUUCCAGACAGCGCUUCACGACUACUAUGUGAAAGUUGAUAAUAUGUGCUACUCUAUAUGUGUCAACGUGGAUGUAUCACAUCCCUGGCCGCUGUUGGAUAGUAGUAGCCUAUGUGGCGGCAACGGCUUUCCGCUCUCCCUCUUUAAACCAAGAGUGGCAGCCAUUACAUAUUAGACAUAUAAUAGCCGUAUUUUAAAACGGGCUGUUGAGUUAAUAAACAGACAUUUCUUUCCGUUCGUUUUCUUCUUUAUGGACUGCCAAGUACUAGACCGGCAGUACUCGACACCUUUAGAUCACCGACAUUAUGCGUUUAUCAGAUCCGCCGUGAGCGCUGUUUUUCGCUCUCUCCAAAGUAAUAUAUAUCGUGAGACUGACCGCCCGCCUAGAAAGUUAUGACUGUCGAGUUCGCCUUGUGUUUCAUUAAAUUUACGGAGUAAAAUCAAUUGCUUC